AUUUGUAUAGUUGUCUAUGCUUCUAUGUUAAAAAAUUAAAAAAUGGCUGGCGUGUAAUUUUCAACAAAAUCGUUGAGGAAGUUCGUAUACAACUUUUUAGAUGGUGUGACUGUAAAAAUGUCGUUUUCAGAUUUAUAUGCGAAAUACAAUUGUACUUAUUGUCAAGAAGAAAUCAAUGGUGUGCGUGUGAGAUGUGCGGAAUGUAAAGAUUUUGAUAUUUGUUUGCAGUGUUUUUCACUGGGUGCUGAGAUUGGGGCGCACAAAAAUGAUCAUUCCUAUCAAUUUAUGGACUCUGGAGCAUUUGGUAUUUUUAUAGGACGAAGUAGUUGGUCGGCAAAUGAAGAAGUCAGACUAUUAGAUGCAAUAGAACAAUUUGGUUUUGGUAACUGGGAAGAUAUAUCCAAACACAUUGAAACUCGUUCACCUGAUGAGGCGAAAGAUGAAUACAUAACAAGAUACUUAGAGGGGAGCAUAGGGCGUGCAACGUGGGGUAAUGUAGAAAGCACUAGUCGGCCAUCAUUGCAGUGUGCGGACAGAGACGAGGGACCUCUCAGUCCUAGCGCCAUCUCUCGGUUGCAGCCGCUAGCUGUUGCACCAGAGGAAGCUGCUCAACUUGUUUAUUCUUCAAAUAGGGAUGAUUUUGAAACAGAACAUGACCACGAAGCUGAACAGCUAAUAUCAACCUUGUCACUUAACUCUGAGGAUGAUGAGUUAGACGUAGCCUUAAAGCUGAGUCAAGUAGACAUCUACACGCGGCGUUUAAGAGAAAGGACGAGAAGAAAAAGACUCGUCAGAGACUAUCAACUAGUUUCUGUGUUCUUCAAUAACCAGAGGAACAAGCAGAAGACCCUUGGGAAACUUGCCAAAGAGAAAAAAGAGUUCAUGGACCGUCUGCGCUGGACGGCGCAGUUCUACGGGCGCGGCGAGCAGGCCGGCGUGGCGGGCGGGCUGUGGCGCGAGCGCGAGCUGCGCGUGCGGCUGGCCGAGCUGCACCGCUACCGGCUGGCGGGCGUGACGCGCGCCGAGGAGUGCGCGCACUACGAGCAGCACGCCGCGCACCGCCGCUCGCUGGGCCGACACGUGAGCCGCGCGCCGGGCAGCAGUGGACUGGACACACACCAGACAAAAGACCAAACUCUGAGCACGCAGCUGCUAAGAAAAAGAGACGCAGAAAGCGGCUCAAGUUCCACCAGCCCAAAGUGCACACGGGACGGAAGUACCGCAUGUGGUUGCUCCAGAAAGAGCUCCUGCAGCAGCAGCGGCGCCGCUUGCUCGACGCAGCUGCUGACCACUAACGAGAUACAGCUAUGCACCGCUCUCAACCUGCCGCCGACUCAGUACGUGACCAUGAAGGGCGUGCUGCUGCGCCGGGCGCCCACGCACGACUGCGAGCUAGACCUCGCCAUCCGACACUACUUGCACACCGCCGGCUGGGUGCGCAACUAGUACACGCUCCCCCCACUCCUGUACCCCCCCGCGAGGAUAUCGGAGCUUUGAGUCGACUUACAGUGGCGUGCACAAGGUUUUUAACUAGAGUAUGCACUAUAGGUAAAAAGGAGAUGAUCCAUUUCAGGUCCACUCUGGUACCCCGUAUCCUUAAAAUUUAAAAAACACAAGGAUUUUAUUAAAAUUUAUUAAAGUGAAUAAAUCGUAACUAAAUAUAAAGAAAUAAAUAAAAUUAAAAAACAAGUUUUUGAGUUAUAACAAGAUGGCGCUUUUAAAGCAACAAUGACAUGACAAUUGACAGCAAAUCGAUUACUGCAUUGAAAACGAAUACUGCAUUGAGAUAAUGAAUAUUAUUUCGAAAGAAUUAAAGUAAAUUCGUAGAUUUGUAUAAUCAAAAAUACUUUAAAUAAAUGUUUUCUUUUAUUUGCGCUAGGGUACAAUGACUGGGCUCCAUACAAUUUUGGACCAUCUCCUUUGUAUAAAAAAAAAAUUCCUCCUCCAAUCCACUUUAUGAAUCCUCAGGGUAUGCAAUGUGUUUAUGCAUUUAUGAAGUGCACGCCACUGGCUACACUAACGCUGAACUAGAGGGGAUAUAAUUUAAUUAAAAAAUAUAUAUAAUUGAGGAUUUGUUGUUCAUACAUCCUUCAGGCAUUCUGUAAUUUUAUUUUAUUUU